AUGAUCAAUACCAGACAUGCUGCCAGUGCCCAGAGUCAGUGCCCAGAGUCAGUGCCCAGUGUCAGUGCCCAGUGUCAGUGCCCAGUGUCAGUGCCCAGUGUCAGUGCCCAGUGUCAGUGCCCAGUGUCAGUGCCCAGAGUCAAUGCCCAGUGUCCAAUGCCCAGAGUCAGUGCCCAGUGUCCAGUGUCAGUGCCCAGUGUCAGUGCCCAGUGUCAGUGCCCAGUGCCCAGUGAGUGUCAGUGCCCAGAGUGCCCAGAGUCAGUGUCCAGUGUCAGUGCCCAGUGUCAGUGCCCAGUGUCAGUGCCCAGUGUCCAAUGCCCAGUGUCAGUGCCCAGUGUCAGUGCCCAGUGUCAGUGCCCAGUGUCAGUGCCCAGUGUCAGUGCCCAGAGUCAAUGCCCCCAGUGUCCAAUGCCCAGAGUCAGUGCCCAGUGUCAGAGUCAGUGCCCAGAGUCAGUGCCCAAUGCUCAGUGCCCAGGGUCCAAUGCCCAGAGUCAGUGCCCAGUGUCCAGUGCCCAGUGUCAGAGUCAGUGA